AGGAGGAAUGAGGAAACAUUUGUGGACAGGCCUCAUCCUGGUUGCGUUAGAUGUCGAGAUUUCUGAAUCUGCUACCUUCUCUUUGAUUUGGUUUCUGACGCAGUACCGUAAAACUUUUAAGUCACACUUUUUUCGCGUUAAAAUAGCUGAGAAAGUUUGUUUUAUUACUCAGAGUGAAAAACUAUAGCGGUGGUGGAAGCCUAGAAGCACAUGAUGUAAUGCUUUAGUUAAAUUCUAACCAAAAGUGAGUAUUUAUGCAGUUUUGAACCACCAGGACCCGCUAUUUUUGGUGCAGGAGAAGGAUUCACAGCUACACUGGCGGACAUAAUAAUGGACCCCCUGGACUUCCUGGAGCCAAAGGAUCUGCUGCCGUUUUUUCACUGUAAGAAGACAGAAAUGUCCUGUGUUGAGAACCCACAUACCUUCAUAAACCAGCUCAGGGACCAUAACUUGAUCCCAGAGGACAGAUAUAAGAAGUUGAUUCGCAUGAAGAGCAAAGACAAAAUGAAGACAAACAUCUAUGAACUUCUGGACUGGUUGGAGAGAGAGCGAUCGAAACACAUUACUGUUUUCUGGAAGUGUGUUUUUAAGGAGACCAUCAUGAACCAGUAUCCCAUUUUCAGACUGUUGCGCAACAGCCUCAUAGAUGGAUCUUUCCGUUCUUGCAUUCAACUGCCAGAGAAAAUAGAAGAAGAUCCAAGUGAAGGUAAAAGGAAGGAGCUUUCAGAAGAUGAGGAAGAAGAGGAGACACCUGCAAGUUCAUUAAAAAAGAAGAAAAAGCUUAGAAAUAUUGUGCGUGAGGAUGAUGAGGAGUCUGUUUCAUCAUCUGUGCCAACACUAGGUCAGAGGAAAAAAUCCAAGAAAUUAUUAUUCUCCUCUCCACUCAAAAAAGGAGAGAAAGGGGAAAUUUGGAGCUGGCCCAUCUAUAAGUACCAGCUGCCAGUGACCUGUGGACAGAAGGAGGGCAUGCUGAACAGACAGAGACUGGCUAAAGGGGAAAAGUGCAUAGCAGUGGGCAAAGAGUGGUUCACUCCAGCUCAGUUCGAGAAGUUUGCAGGGAAGGAGAGCAGUAAGAACUGGAAAUUAAGCAUUCGAUGUAAAAAUGUAUCGCUAGGAAAACUUAUACAGGAUGGUCACCUGAAAUCAGCUAAUUUUCGAGUCAGGGGUAAAAAGACCAAGAAAUCGCUGUUUCCAUCUGAGGAUUUAACUACAGUGUCUGAAGGAGAAAAAGAGGAUGAAGAUGACGACGAGGAUGAAGAUGACGACGAGGAUGAAGAUGAGGAUGAAGAGCAGGAUGAAGAGCAGCCUUCAUCAAGCAGAAAAGGAAAUUUCACAGAAGAAGACGAUGAAGACAACGAGGAGCAGGCAGAGCAGCAGCUUGAUGUUAACAUUGACACCGGCAAGAAGGUGUUCAAAGUUACAUGUGAGGAUAAAGCUGCGACCUUCCAUUUGAAACGCUUUGCAGCAGGGAAUCGUGGGAAAAGUAUUCGGACAGAGACGAGCUGGAUGACCCCGGUGGAGUUUUCGAGCUGGGCUUCAUCUCAGACAGAUCCCUCCUGGAGGAAAGACAUCAUGUGGGAAGGAAAACCACUUGGUGUCCUCAUACAGGCAAAAGGCUUGAUAAUGCACACUCUACUGUGUUCCUGCAGACUGUGCAAACCAGAUCCUGAGGAAAUGGAGAGUCAGAAGAACGAUGAUGAGUGUUGCAUCUGUAAAACUGAAGACGAAGAAAAGUUGGUGGUGUGUGAUCUGUGCCCACGCUCUUUCCAUCAGAGAUGUCACCUGCCUCAUGUAGACGACGCCAUUUUAGGGGACAGUAAACCCUGGAAGUGCACAUUCUGUGUAUUCGCUAUCACUCGGGAGUGGAUGAACUGGGAAGAGGUGGAAAGGGAAGCAGCCAUGUCCCGACCGAUAUCACAACACCUGAUGGGAUGUCAGUAUCUCCUCCUGUGUCUGUGCAGCGCUGAUGAGGAGCAGACAUUUGCUACAAACCCAAGUAGAUAUCUGAAAGACUACACCACUGUGGUUAAAACUCCAAUGUGGCUUGAAAAAGUAGCAGACAAGCUCCAGGAAAAACUCUACCGGACUGUCGGAGACUUUGUGUCCGACAUUCAGCUCAUUUUCGCUAAUUGUGCCUCCUACAACCGAGACAAUGAGGAGUUCCUGGCCAUGGGAAACAGACUGAAGGAGUUAUUUGAAGAAGAAUUGAAGAAAGUGUUUAAUAUCCGGGAAGAAAAUAGUAACAUAAACAGUGGUUAGUUUGUAAUAUCAAUUACUGGAAGAAAAAGGGGAUUUCUAUGAGUUUGAGUCAAUUUACUUAUUUAUUUUUCUUAAAAUAUCUUCAAGAUGAAAUUCUCAUAAUGCGAUAAGGUACAGGACUAGAUUUGGUAUAGACUGGACAAAAAAAACGUAUGAAGUUUAAAAUAACAAUUUAGAAUUUGUCCUCUAUUUGGGGGUUUAGCGUCCCAAAAUGUACUCUGUGAAACUGGAUCAAGGUUAUGUAAACCAAAAUGUAGGACUUUUCAGGACGUUUUAUUCAAAUGUUAAAGAGCUAGGAUUUCCUCAAGUUUAGUUCUAUUUGUAGAUUAAAUCUGCUGCAAGUAACCAAUAGAGUGUAAAGCAGGCUAAAGAAAUUAUAAAGCUUCAUGUGGAUCUCCACAAGGUGGCAGUGUGAGUAAGAAAGUCAGGCACAGUGUUAAAAUGGCCAGCUUAUGCAGCCCCAGCUUUAGUGAUGAGAGCGAUGAGAACAGCAACAGCAUUCAUCCUCACAGUAGUACCUCUGUGUCCUAAACAGAUGGUCAGAACGGGCUACCCAUGCCUCCCAUGGAGCUACUUUACCUGUAGACCCAACACCAGUGAUUCAUUCAGGAACACUGUCAUCGCAUAUUUAACCAUUUUAUUGCAAAAUGGAUGUACAGUUUUACUUCGCAGAGAAGGCUCUGCUCAAAAGAUGUUCCCUGGGUUAGUCAAGCAGCAUGCUUUGACUUUCUAGGAGCCCAUGACUAGAAACCCCCACGUGGAUAGGUACAUUUAUGACAGUGCAUAUUGAAUACAGUAAAAUGAGUUCAAGAGCAAUUAAUCUGCAGUAGCAUGAAUCUGAAUAUUAGGGUGCAACAAGCUUUUACGCUAUAAAGGAGGUGGCUGGGGUGGAGGAGGUUAAGCUUUGCCAGCAGCAGCGUUAGUCAGCAUUAAUGCAAGCAGGGAUUAGUGACAAGUAUUUAAAUACUUAAUACUUACUUCGCUAAAGGUGCAACAAAACAGUGUCGUAGGAGCAAGCAAAUACUAAAAAGCUCACCAAGCACCCCAGUGACAAAAACACAGGCUUCUCCGAGGAUUGAAAAACAUGACAGGUUAGCAUAUGAGCUAGCUGGCUAACCUGCUAGAAGAAUGAUGAUGGGCUGCUAAGUUAUGUUCUAGCUGAGAGUGGGAGUAUGUUAGCACCAAAACGACAAAUGUGUAACACCUAAGUUUUUUGAUGUCUUGUUUUUGCUCUUUUUAAGACAACUGAAUAGUGAAACAGCUUACUAUAUGGCUACUGACAUGUUUUAUGUCCCUACAGAGGCUCUGAAGUGAGCCAUUAAACAGUCCAUUUAGGAAAUAAAAGGCACAAGUCAUCAGUGCCCAGAGUGAACAAAUACCCCAGAUAAAUAUAAAAAUAAGAUAUGAUUUGGAUUUGCAGAAUCAAUUUAAUUGUAUUUUAUUCCAGAGUGCUGAUGAUUUAUUAUUCUCUGUUAACAAAUAUCCGCAUUAAAGUGCAGAUAAUUUUAUUGAACACUUAAACUUGAGCCACAGAAAUGCUCAGUGCUGUUCCAAAAGCCAAUCAGUGUUUAGAUUCCCUCACUACCUGAGAUUACCAAGAAGUUCCCAUCAUCAUUGUCUAUCAGAUGAUGAUUUCAGGUGUUCUAUAACUGCUUUGGCAUAACUCAUUGGGGUGCGUGGCCACCUAAAGAUGGCAGCUGGCUCUGUGUGCUCUGAGGUAGCUUAAAAUAGUCUACUCAGUGGCUAUUCAGUUUAAAGCAAUGCUUCUCAACUGGUGGGUUGGGACCCAAAGUGGGUUGAGGAGUAGUUUCCAGUGGGUCACAGAUGUGUGUCUGGAAAAAAAAAUGGUGGCAAAAGACUAUGAAGAACAUGCAACCAUACCAUUUGUUUAACUGUUUUAUUGUGAUGGGUACAUUUAAAUCUAUUUUCAAUAUUUCAGCUCAUUCAUCUCUUUUUUGCAUUAAAAGACCCUUUCCAAUGUUAAUGAUCUAAUUUCUAAAGAUCUCUGGAAAAUUGGCUAAAAUUUAGAUGUUAUCAUCCUGUCAUAAAUUAUGUUCCAUCCAAGAUCUUAAUUGAAACAUUUUUAUUUACUUAAUGUGCUUUGUUGAAAAUUUGUCAUCAAAGAUAUUGGUGAGUCCUGAGGCUUGACCAGUUGAGGACCUCUGAUUUAAAGGUUUAUAGCUUAAACACUAUUACAUGUUCAUUUUCAUGUUUAAACGGAAUCUUAUUGUAGUUUUAAGUUGGGUGGUUAUUCAUUACUCUUGCUAUGUUGCUCAGAUUAUGACAAUGCUGCAACAUUUGAUAUAUUGCAAGAAAAUCAUGUAUCAGCACAUCACAAUGUCUCAUGAACUACAGCAGAAGAAAUGCAACGGAGAGGUUGUAACAGGGUGAAACCACUGUUUAUCAUGCAGAUAUGAAUGUCAUAUGAAAAUAGGGAUACUUCGUCUACCUUGGAAGGUGGUAUUGACCGUCUCAAAUCUGGGCGGUAGAACUUUUGUACAGGAAGGAUUUUUAUGGUACAUCUUUUUUUGCCGUUUUGUAUUGUAUAGUUUUCUAUAUACAGUAUGAUUAAUUUUCAUUAACUUUCUAUAUUAGGUGUGCAAUAUUUUAUUUUGUGGAGCAAACAGCAAUCUAAUUGCAUUUGCAAAGAGCUACAGGCUUUUUUCUACUCAAAGUACUAUUUCAAUUUUUUUAUCAACAGUGAAUUUAACAAAACUGUUCAGAAUUGGGGUUUAAUUUAAUGUUUUUUGGCUCCAUAAAAUAAGAAUGAAGCAGUAAGAGGUUAUGCUCAAAAGCUUUGAGAAGUACUGCUACUCAUGUAUGAAGAAAAGUUGUAGUCUAAGCAAUCUUUGGCAUUAAAAGGAGCCACGCUAAGUCAUAUAAUGAUUUAUGUUGCUAAAGAAAGAAGUCAAGGCUACAUCAGCUGUUCUGAAUAUUCUCUGUGUUAAGACGAGUUAUGUAUUUUUUAUUUUUUAUUUUUUUACCUUUUUGGAAGUAUUUUCAUGUUUUUAAUUGGGGAGAUCAGGUUUAAGACUUAAUGUUAGUUCAUUUUUGUUGUGUUUUUCAUGACUUUAAGGUUUAUUUGGCACACUUUUUGUUUGUCCUACUUGGGUUCAACUACUCUGAGGAUAAUAAACAUCUUUUUUUGCACUGAA